GCCCCUCUAACAGCAGUCCUCCUGAAUUCCCACCACCGCGACCCAUGCCCAGACAUCCCUGGCAGCGAUCGGCCAGUUGCCGCGAACUGUACGCUUCUAGUUUCGAGGAUUCCGGCAAAGCGCGAUCGAAGGACGAGAAACCGUCCGGGGAGUCCGUGUUGUUAGAACCGUUCCGGUUGCCCUCUCAGGGCGAGCUGGACAAUCCCGUGACGCGGUACGACGAGAGCAAUCGGUCGUACAGCGCCGCCAGCUCGAAGUUACCCUCGUUGGAUCACGACUCGGUGCCCGAGCGUGUCUACAGUAGCUCCUAUCCGGGAACCUCGUCGCUGUCCACCGAAUCGGGACACGAGGAGUCCGGUCAGGCGGGUGAUCUGUCUCACGACGAUCUAUCCCACGAUUCUUACGAGCUUCUCGAACGCGAGCACGAAUUUGAAUACCCGGAGUCGUACUCGAGUCCGCGCGACUACGACGACGACGAGGAGGAGGAGGAGAACGAGCCGAUAUCGGACCACAGCGACGAAGGAAUCGAGCACGAGAUGUUCCAAAUGGACUCCGAGACCGAUUCCUUCGUGAAGCACAGGUCGAUCAAACAAUCAGAGAAGCAACAAUUCAAAUCCGUGCUCGCGGACUUGAAGAACGCCGCUAGAACGAGAUCCAUUGAUCGGUACUCGGCCGCGCCCUCUAAAUCGGACGGUGAGUACGUGACCGUAGAAUCCAGAAUACAACGGUCCAGUACGCAGAUCGAGCGCAAGUUCGAGACGCGUCACGCGAACUCUGUCGACGUUCCCGCGCCGCAUACAGGGGGCAACUUGUUGCCCUUGCCCCAUCAGGAUUCCGCGCGCAAGGACCCGGUCGUGUUGCAAGUGCAGAAGCAAAAGAUGUCCGUGCUGAACGAAUUGAGGAAUCUCAAGCCCAAGCACAAGAUCACGCACGUGGACUCCGAGGUUCUGCGCGACGAGGGCAUCAUGAGGCCCAAGUCGCGAAUAGACGACGAUUCGAGCCCCGUGGACACGACCAAUCGCACGAUCGUGGACCAGAGGGCCAGGACCGUGCGUGCGCGCAGCAUCGCUAGCCUCGAGGACCAUCACGCGCCCCGAGCGUACGUGGAGACCGGUAGUUUGGGCAGGGGUCUAAAGACGAGGGACAAGAAGCAACGCGAGAGCGACGCGAAGCUCGAGAGAACGUUGGCGAAGCUGCAGGAUAAGGAUCGCAGGAGCGUCGAGCGCGAUGAAAGGAAACGCAUCGAGAGGGAUUACUCCAGGGAUUACGGUAAGAAGAUGGAGAAGAUCGAUUCCCGAGAACGUAGAUCGAUCGAGAGAUUGGAUUCCCGUGAGAGAAAAGAGGUUCACGGUCGUCGCAGCGUGGAUCGCGUGGACCUCCGGGAACUGAGGAGAAGCAUCGAGAGGCUAGACGUCAGGGAAAGGAGUUUCGAGAGACUAGACUCGAAGGAGAAGCCUCAUUACGAUCCUCACGAGCUGCGCAGGAAGAGCUUCGAACGUUUAGAUUGUCAGGGCCUGCCGGGAAGUACGGAGUACUUGAACAAAAGCCCCAAAGAGCGGAGCCAUCGACACGACUCCAGAGAGCGUCGCGAGAGAAGCGUGGAGCGGUUGGACUCGAAAGAGAAAAGAAGAUUCUCCGGUGGCAGGCGUAACACCAUCGACUACAACCAAAGGCACACCUUGGAGCGUUUCGAUUCCGGGAACAGGAGUCCCUUCGAGCGUCUCAGCGCCAGGGAGCUGCAGCAGCGCGGUAGAAGCGUGGAGAGGUUGGAUUCGCAGGAGAGGCCGACCUUUGACUUCGAUCCCGUCACUAUCGAGCGUUUAAAGUCCCUGGAACGCUGCAACUCGAAGGACAGAGGUUACGAGCGCAAGAGCUUCGAACGGCUAGACUCUCGCGAGCGACGACACUCGCGCGGCAGCAGAAAGAGUCUCGAAUGCGUCGAGCAGGACGCCAGCGAGUGGAGGCGGGUUAUUAGUUCGGAGAAGAUCGAGUGCAAGGACACGCGCAAGAGCAAGGCCAGAGCGGAGAAGAUGAAGUCUGAGGAGAGACCGCGGGAGAGGGACGACUGGAGAAGCCUGGAGAAGGCGCGGAAGGACGAGGAGAAGCGCGAGCGCGAACGUCAGGCGCGGCUGUCGUUGGAAUCAAGAACGGACACGGUGAUAGGCGUGCCGCUGGAGAUGGAGAACCUCAAGUCCAAGACGGUGUUCACGGAAUACGAGCCCAAGAUCGUGGGUGGCGUGGUGCUAGGGUUCGACGACACGAUUCCAGGGCACACGCCUGUCGAACGCACGAAGAGCGACCCUAAUCCCGCGCGACAGCGACUAGGCUCGAACAACAAGCGACACAUACUCAUGCACCAAAAGUCCAUCGACCUGACCACCGCCGAUUCCGGCGACGAGGAUCCCUUCUCCGACAGCGCGGCCAUCCAGAAGACCAACAUGGAGAUUCCCUACACGCUGCACAAGCGACACGUGAUGAACGGAACAGCGUCCACGUCCGACGAGAAAUCGGAGUCCGACAGCGGCAAAACUUGCAAGAAAACCGGCAGCGCCAAAGAUCUGCCCAAGCUGCCGUUAAAAAUGAUCGCGGACAUCACCUGCUUCGAUCUGUCCAAGCUGACCUCGAUCGACAAAACCGGCACCAAACACUCGCCAGAUAAACCCAAGAGCACGCCGAUCACUAGACCCAAGUCGAUACUGAGUCCGUCGGACAAACCCAAGAGCAUCCUCAGUCCCACGUCCAAGCUGUCGCCAACCGACGCCAAGAGCGUUUGCAGUUUCUCGCCCACGAACAGGAGUCCCUCCAAGGGGAAGUCGCUCCCGAAGUCUGUGUCGUUGGACAGAGGCAGAACCACCGAAAUCGUCAUCGAGGAUCGCGCGUGCGUGAAGUCAUCCAGCCUCGAUAAGAAACCGUCGCCCUCGAAGCUGUCGCCUAUCGAGCCCAACAUCACCAUCGUCACGGCCAUCGAGAAACGCUCGCCCAAGGUGUCGCCCACCGAUCCUAACGUCACGAUCGUCUCCGUGAUACAGAAGAAGAGGUCCUCCGACGCGUCGAAAAGUCUGGGCGGUCAACGGUCGCUGGACUCCAAGUCCAAGGCGUUGAAUUUCGCGGACGUGGUCGGCAUGGAGAUGAAGAUGAAGUUGGAACGCAAGGCCAAGUCGUCCGAGAUAGAGAAGGACAGUCUCAAGGCGCCCGAAGAGAGCAUCGAGAAACAGGACAGCAUCGAGAAGAUACCUCUGCCCGAGAUUCCGGGCCUCGUCAUCGACAAUACCGCGGAAGAGACGAACGAGAUUAAGGAAGCUGAGAUACCACCGCCGAUAGAAGAGAAGGAGAGCAAGAAAUCCUCGCCGUCGACUCCCACGGUCGUCGUCCCCGAGAAGCCAAAACUUCCAGAGAAACCGAAACUCCCGGAGAAACCGAAACUCCCGGAGAAGCCAAAAAUUCCCGAGAAGCCUAAAACCCUGGAGAAGCCCAGCAUCCCCGAGAAGACGAAACGCAUUCUGGAGAAGAUCGAGUCAAAGUUUUCCGAGGUGAACAGAAACUCCGCGACCAGAGUAGCCAGGCCUAAGAUCAUCGACACCGGGUUCGACGAUUUCAUGGACCCGGUCGCUGAUUUGCCUCUGGACGACGUACCCGUGAAGCCCGCGUUGGAACUGGACAGCCUUAAGGUUCCGGAGUUCGUUCCCUUCAUGUCGCGGCCCCACGGCGAACCACUGCGAUCCAAGUCGCUGUCGUUGGCCGAGGAGAAGGCGCCCAUCGACACGCUGCUUUCGCCGGAAGUGGAGAACAAGCAUUUCGUGCCGGACGUGUCCCCGAAGAAAGCGAAGAAGGUCAAGUCUGAGAUGAAGAAGGACUUCAAGAAACAGUCCAAGUCCUUGGAAGGCGACAAACCACCUAUGAAGAAGACGGGAUCCAAGGAGUCGCGGGCCCCGACGCCCAGCUCGAAGAUCGACAAGUCCAAGCUGAAAUUGGGGGAGAUGCCGCAGGAGAUCAUCAUCAUCGAUUCCACGGACGUGGCUCCCGAGGUGAGCAUAGUACAGAAGGGUAGAUCAAAGUCCGUCACCAGGUUGCCCGAUAAGCCGUACGUGGCUACGAAAAAUGAAAAGGAGGAUACCAAGACUCGAGCAAAGUCGGCUUCCGUGGACGACGACAUACUAAAACUCGCUGCGAAGACCGAGAAGGCUAGACCUAAGUCUUUGGGUAUCUCUAAAAGUCUAGGUAGCACCGAGAAGAAGGACUCCACGGAGAAGAUAUCACCGAAAAGAACAGUCGCGAGAGUAAAAUCAGAGGCUAAAUCGACGGACCUUAAAUCGCCCACUUCGACGAAAGAUCCACCCAAGCAGGAGUCGAAAGUGUCGCGCCAGACGGAACCUAAGACCACUGUUGACGGCGAGGGACACGCGUUGUCCGAGGAAAAUCGAAUCACGCGAGAAGAGGAGAUUAAAGUGGACGCAAAAAUUGCCGAAGAACAAACCAUCGUCGAUGCGUCCAAGGAAUCCAGGGACUCCAAGGAUUCCAAAGAUUCGAAGAAAGCUCCUCUCCCCCAAGAUUUGACCCAAUCGCCAGUUGUUCUGCGCAAACCUGGUCAGACUCCGGUACUGUUCGCCCGUGCGCGUCUAGGGCUCUCCGAAGGUAGCGGAAUCGGUGCGUUGCAAAGGCAAGGCGCGACACAGUCGCCGACGUCUCAGAGACGAGCCAAGUCCUUGGACGCGGCUGUGAUCGCGGUGCACAGGUUACCACCCGCCAACGCGUUCUCCAGCAAAGAUGACACCGUGGACAUGUCGGAGGAUCGAGAAGAUCAGAACCAAGAGGUUCGAGACAAUGUCGUGGCUGAGAUUCCGAGCGCGUCCAAGCCCCAAACGGUUCAGCCGAUCGAAGUGUCGCCCAAUCACAGAUCCGACAGCACCGACCACACCGCUAUCCCAGAAAUUUUCACGGAUUCUCUGUCCGUCACCGAAACCUCGGCCCAGUACCUGGAAUCACCGCUGACCGAGUGCAACGAGAUCAUCGCGGCGACCGUGGACUUGAUCCCUUACGAAAGGGACACGAUGGAGGCGGAAGCCAGGGAACAUCAGACGGCGCUGGAAACCGUCAGGGUGGACGACAGAACGAAAUUCAUCGAUCAGAGUUCCGUGGAGUCUGGUGGUGGCGACCAAGAGGGUUACCAAUCCGACAGAGCUGCCAGAACUGACAAAGUCGAGGGGUCCGUUUCGCGAGGCACAGUCGAAUCCACCCCAUCCGCGAAAGAUAGAAUUCCUGAGCACCUUGAUAGAAGAGUCGACGAAGUAGAGGCCAGAGGUACCAGCGAGCCUGAGGAGAUGUGGAUGUCGCGAUUGGAGUACGAAGAGUCUAGAACAUCUGCGGAGAGGGACGAUCUGCCCGACGUGACGGUGACGGUAAGCGCCGCGCGAGAGGACUACGAGUACUCCAGGUCGAUCGACUUCGACGAGAACCAAGAGAUGGUCAAGUCGCCGAUUCAGAUCUCCAUCGAGGAGUGUUCGGACGACGAGGUGGUGCAGAGCGACGAACAGGACUAUCGCGACGCCCAAGAACAAGACGGCGACGAUAAUCGGCCGUUGGACUCCGCGGACACCAGCGAGGACACUCUGGACGCCUUGGACACGCAGGUUCACACGAGGGGCGUGGACAGCGAGUUGAGCUCUCCCGAUUACGGCGUGGACAGAAUGGAUGAGAAGACUCUGGUGGAGGUAGAACUGACGCCCGAGUAUCUGGAGAUGAGGAGAGAGGACGACGAAGGGACCGAGGAGUUGCCCGAAGACGAGCCCGAGGAGAGGGCGAAACGAUCGCCAGAGUUAGGUAUCGGCACGGCGAACCGUCUAUCGAUCGACAAGAAGCUCAAACUGAGCAGCGAACGUUCGAAGAGCGAGGAGACCAACACCUGGACGCCUGAUCGCGAGGAUCCAGAAUCCAGUUCUUGCUCGAUCGCGAGACCUCUGGGGAUAGGCCAGAUUCAGCCGAUAGUGGAUCGUCGGGAGAUCGCUGCGAUGAAAGACGCUCGUGGCGGAAGCGGGUCUCUGGAGGAAGAAACCAGCAGUAGUUCUCAGCCCGGGUUUAGGCCCGAGAUGAGCUCAACGUGGAAGUCCUUUCCUCUAGAGAGUUCCGGGAGUUCGAGUAUAGAAGACGGUUGGGUGCCUCAGGACGAGAACAACGCCGUCCAGUCACAGUCAGAGGACAGCAACGGACAGAACGAGGACAGUUUUCAAGAGGAUUUGGCUGACUUUCCAGGGAGCUUUAUCUAUCCGAUCGGUCCGGAUAUCUUGACCAGCUGCGGGACGUUCGCGCUGACGCGAACGCUCUCGAGGAUAUCGGAGAGGUCCACGACGUCGGAGCAGGACAAGAGCGAUCUCGAGGACUCGUUCAAGCCCAGCUCGAGGUCUCCGAGCCUGGACGACGAGUCUCUGAUGUCGAGCGAUCAUCAGCCCUCCUUGUCCUCCGAUCCACCGUCCGGGACCGCUCUUCCCUCGGUUUCGGAUGACCGACGUACCUCCUCCGAGUUACCGGACAUUCCCAUCGACGUGUUGGGCCAGGACGAGGACGCCAGGUCACCGAAAUCGACGGGUAGAUCCAAGCUGCAGGCUCAGAGCUCGGAGGACUGGCCGUCGCCGCCGAGUUCGCCGGUCUUCGAGCCUCCCGUGGUCAGUCACGUCGAGACCUUUUACAUGGAGAUCAAGCCCGAGGAGGCGGUGAAGGUGACGGUGACGGACAGCACCGAGACUCCCGGUCGGGUGGAUCAAGACAGCGACUCCAGCGACGAGAACAGAACUCUGCACGACGACCUGCACUCCACGUUCUUAGAGGAUGGCCAGAGUUCCACGUCGGCGACCACCGUCGACGGAACCGUGAAGAUAGCCGUGAAGCCCAAGUUGAACAUCACCGGUUCCUCUCACAGCGAGGACACGUCCAUGGGUCUGUCCAUGUCCGAGUGGUCGAGCUCGAACAACACCGUUCGUCAGUUCUGUCAGUACUCGGGCACCAAAUCGGACGAUAACUCGUUGGCGGAGUUGGGAGCCUCCAUCUCGGACUGGUCGGGCAGCGCCACCGUGAUACCUCAGCAAUAUUACUCGACGAUGACGGUGGAGAAGAGCCAAAGCGACACAACUACCUCGGAUAAGAGCGUCACCAGCAUGAGACCCAACUCCAAGUGCAGAACGGCCGACAGUCCACCGCCUCCUCCGUCCUCGCCUCCGUUGCCUUUGCCUUCGCCAUCGCCGCCUCUCACUCCUCCGCCUGACGUCGACAAGCAGUGUCCACCGUUCGACGACGACCCGAAGUCCGACGACGGCCGAGCGGCCAGGGACGAGCAACUGGACGAGGCGAGGAGAUUCAUCGAGAGCCAGUUCGACGAACAGCGUCGACGGUACGAAGAGGAACAGCAACAGCAACAGCCUAGCGCUAGGUCGUACGCCGAUAUCUCGCCGCCCAGGAUCACUUUACAGAACGAAUUCGACGAGACCGUAGACGACGAGUUCAGAGUGAUGUCGGACGACGGGGACGCGCCGUUGCCUAUCCUCGAGGAGGAGGAGGAACUCGACGAGGACGAGGAUAGAUUGUACGACAACGUGCCAGCGAUGAAGUAUUCGAGCGGAGAUCAGAUUCGAAUGGAGGUGGGCCGUGGGGACAGUUCCGAGGAUAUGCACGAGAAGUACGCGAAUCUAGCGUUGGGCCCUCGAGCACCUCAGGACGACGAGUGGUCGUUCGAGGACGAGAGGGACGCGGUCGUCGAGAAGGAGAAAACCAGACCGACGGGCAAGUUCGAACGAGGCUUUUCGGAGCCUACGGAGACCGCUAGGUACCACGAGACCAGGUCCACCGAGCGUCCCGUAGUCGUUCCCAUCAGAGCAAAGUCGACGCCCUAUUACUCGACGACCAGCCUGAGCGGCGAAUCCACCACCUCCAGUCCCCCCAUGCCGAUCAGAACGCAGAUCCGCACGAAAACGAUGCCUUACCCGUCGAGCAGAAGUCCCCAGAGCGAGGGCGACACGUCCUCGAGCAUGGACAGCCCCGUACACACGCCUGUCCGCGGUCAGAUAGCCGUCCGUCGAAGAAGACGGGAGAACUUGAAGAGACGGCAUCGAGUGGUGGUCGAUCUCGAAGUGAAAGACGGUAGGAUCGUCUCUAGUACCGACUCCAGCUUCGACGUUGCCACCAUACCGCCGCCUCUGCUCGCCGAGCGGCCGAGUCCCGACGUCGACGACGACGACGACGAGUACUCCGAGACCAAGGACGAGCACCGAGAGAAUUCGAAUCGACGCCAGCAGCGUUGACGGGACACUGCUCGAACACGAACAGCCUUACUUGACUCUUUCGUCGACGGAACCGGAACUGGAUGGCCGUGAACGCUGGAUCGCUCGGGGCGAUAUAGAAAUGCUGGAACUGUUUGUCGAGUUUAGUACGAGAUGCGUCUGUUGGUUCCUCUGGCUCUCGCAGCUGAUGCGUGCACGCACGCGUGUCGGAAUUGAGCGCACGCGUCGAAUUGAUAGACUAUAUAUUCCUUCGUUAACGCGUUCCGAGUCGGCGAUCGUUCUCGCGCUCGUGUUCACGAUCAAAAAAUUGGGGAAAAAGGGUGGUGGGCACGUUUGGAAAGACGACGCGAAGAGAUCGUUCCCGAACCCGAACCCAAACCUAUUCUCUUCGGUCCGAUCGACGUCGACGAGAGGAGAUCCAAACUUGCGAACAAUCUAGUCUAACCUAUCGCGUUUAAGAGUGUAAUUGGUACGUUUGUUACGCGUUUUAGAAACUCGAUUUACUUUGAUAUCGUCGUUAAUCACGUAGAGAGGCACUCGACGUGCCGCGCUAUAAACGUAUGAUAGACCCGACGCGAAGACACGAAUCGAACACCUAUUAACGAUACUAGUCUAUAAAAAGUUACGACAGAUACACGGUAAGAAACGGUUGGAGACACGUGCUUACGUACGCACGAGUUCGUCGAGUCUUGCUGGAUUAGGGAAUACGACACGCCAAACGCAUUUCCCGUGCAGAAACAUUUUAACACAUUAAGGACCGCACAUUCAGAGACUGCUUGUAGAAAACACGAGAAAACUCGUGAGCGAUCCUUAAUGUGUUAAUUGUAGGAUAGAUUGCCGAUUCAACGAGCAGAAUGAUAUUUUUAACCGACUUCGAAAAGAAGGAGAUUACUCAAUUCGACAUGGAUUUUUUUUUUUUAAUGUAUGUUACUCGAUUACGCCGAGAUGGCUUGACCAAUCGGGAUGAAACCUGUUGAAUCUUGUAGACUCUACAAUGUAGAGCAUGUCUUCGGGGUGGUUCCAUUUUCGAGACAUUUUAGGAUUUCUCAUUCGUAUACAGUCAGUGCAAUAAGUAUUAAUACAGGAACCAAUUCAAAAUCAG